AUGGACACCGGCUCCAUUCUGCUGUGUUCCCAACCUUUCCGUCCUAUACCAAUGUAUGGACACAGAUUCGCAGCCGAUGUUACUGGUACAGGAAAUCCACCUCCAGCAGCUCAUUUCUUACCAUACUUCCGGCCAGCACCGUUUGAAGGUCUCUACAGUGCACCCGGUUCAAUAACGGCGUAUAAUAUUGCCAUACAGGAGCACCUCAGGCGGCUACAGUGCCGCCAUCUUGGAAAAGUGAUGGACACCCACCAUACAAUCAACAAUAAUGCUAUAUGUACUAGUAAUACGGUCGUAAACAUUCCAAAACCUGAUUUGGACACAACACAAAUUAAUCACAGCGUUCCUCCAUUACCAUCAAAGCUGGACAUAAAGGAGAAAACACGAACGACACUGAAUCCAUACGAAAAUUUCCCAUCAUAUUCUCUUGGGCGAAAGUUGUUUCCAUGUCCAAACUGUAGGUACACAACAGAUAGGAGAAACAAUCUUAAAAGACAUAUGCUAACGAUGCACCAAACAACCUCAAAAUUGCUAGAAUGUUGUGGUAUCCUUUUCAGAACAAAAGCGUCAUUGAGGGAACAUGCAAUGAUAUUCCAUUACCAUGGCUACACGUGUUACUAUUGCGGGAGGCGAUUUUGUCGGAAAGCGCUACUGAAGCGCCAUCUUUCGGUUCAUAACGGACAAAAAGAUUUUGUAUGUAAUGUUUGUGAUUAUGCUACAAGCCACAAAAGUAACUUAGAACGUCACAAAAAAGUGCACCAGCGUCCGGAGGACUGUAAAGACACCGACGGAUCAAGAAGUGACCUUGAACAUGAUGGCUCUAAAAGUGACAUCGACCUUGAGGGAAGUGAUCAUGCAGAAAGCAUGGAGGACUUAUCGGUGUGUUCAGACAGUGAAGAUGAAGAAAUAAACGUUCACAGUGAUUAGAUUUCACAAAAAUGAAAAUAUGUUGACAUGAAAAUUAGCAAGACAGAUCGUUACU